AGUAACUGACUCCUAUUUUUCAGUCCUCUUCUUUCAGCCUGGCUGGCUUUCAGCAUUAGAGCCUCCCUGGGAGAAAAUAUAGUUUGGAAAGCACAUUAAGGGCUGGCGGUGCUAGAUCUGGGAAGAAACCCUGAGUUCUUGUGGCAGCUAUUCUUCAACUACAUUUCUGCGGCUUAAGUCAAAGAGGACUGCAUGUGAUGGGCCCUUCCCCAAGCACCUUGCUCUUUGUAAUCCUGUCCUGCUGCUGCAGGGAUACAGCAGGCCACCAUGAUGCUAAUUCUGGUCCUUCUUCUAUCCGUGUGCCAAAUGGUGGGCCAUGGGGCUACUGGGGAAGUGCAGAACGUUGUGGGGCUGGCCACUAUGCUGUUGGUUUCUCCCUGAAGAUAGAGCCGUAUCAAGGUGGUGAUGAGGACAGCGAUGACACAUCUGUGAAUGGCAUCCGUCUGAUAUGCUCUAACGGUUCGCUUAUUUCAUCCAGUGUUGCACAGUGGGGUACUUGGUCUGGGCGCUACUUUUGCCCAAAUGGUGGUAAAAUGGUGGCCUUCUCUCUGCGAGUGGAAGUACCCCAGUGGCUUGGUGAUGAUACUGCAGCCAACAACAUCCAAUUCCGCUGUGAAGAUGGGCAGGUGCUGGUCGGCAAGUCACAUGAAUGGGGUACUUUUGGCCCCUGGAGUAAAAGAUGCAAGAUUGGGAUCUGUGGCUUAACGACAAAGGUAGAGAGUGAGCGAGGUGCUGACGAUGACACGGCACUUAACGAUGUGAAGUUCUGCUGCUGUUAA